UGAAAUCACCUGUGAGUCGGCGCGCACGUCAUUCUGCAUACCCGAUGUGGGUGUACACAAGUUACUACGGACCUGUUGCACUCCAACUCUUAUCACAAACAUUUAACUCUCCUCUGCGGUGAAGCCUUUAUUGAAGUUGAAAUAGCAUACGAUAUUUAAUCUAGGAACAUUUAUCCAGGUGUCCAGAUUCAGAGCUGCAGUGUGAGUGAAGAGGGUAUCCACAGCUCAGAGAGUCAGAGGUCACAUAAAGCCUGCAGAACCAAAAAAACAACCCCCAAACUGUUCACUCCCAGCAAGCCCAGCUUCCAGAACUCAAGAGACUUUGGAGGCAGUAGCAUGAGCAGCAGUGUGGCUGACCUGCCCACCUUCUCCCCCAGCCUUUUUGCCCCCAGUGCCUUCAACUAUGCUCGGCCACGCCAGUUCAUCCAGUCUCAGCCAGCCUUUCAGGCCACCAGCUACAAUGUCGCCCAGGCUCUGCCUCAGCCCAGCGGGAACAGCAGCAAGGCCUCUCCUUCCUCUUCCAAUCUGAGCUUCCCCAUUUCCACCCCUGCAUCCUCACAGCUGACGGUGUUCCCUCGUGAUCCUCCUCCCUCCACUGCCCAGUCCAUGUCCCCCUCUUGCGCCCCCAUGCGCUCCACUAUCACCCUCACCCCCAGGGCCUAUGCCAGUGUCCCAGCCCCACCUGAGCCCAAGCCCAAGUCCUCUCCAGCUGCCUUCCUCUGCUCUGUCCUGCCCUCUCAGUCCACCCCACAUUACAAGCCUGCUCCCAUGUCUAUUCCUCAGCCUCUAUCCCCAGCUCUCUCCCCAAACCCCCCCAACCCUCUGCCCAAGCCCAGGUUUGAUGCCUCCCUGCACAUGGGACAGGGACUGUCUCUCCCUACACAGAGCCUGCCUAUGAGUCAGUUUCCCCACUCUCCACCCCCGCCCCCGGUUUCCAUGCCACAGCCCCCCUUUCCUCCUCCCUCAUGUGUGUCUCUGCCUCCUAGCUACAGAGGGACCCCAAACAUCCUUCCCAAGCCCACCCUGAAGAAGGCUCCUGUUCCUAGGUCAGGGUCCCGCAACACGGAUGACGAUAUCCAGGGCUCCAAGGACGCCCUGAUCCAGGAUCUGGAGAAGAAGCUGCGUACCAAAGAGGCCCGUAGGCAAAACAGCCAGAAGCUGUCCUAUGAGGAGCGCAUGGCUCGGAGGUUGCUGGGUCCAGAUAACGCUGCCUCUGUCUUUGAGAAUUCCUCUGACUCACAACCCGCCCAGCCAGAAUCACCAGAGGGAUGUAACACCGGAGGAAUAUGGGGCAAACACCACUCCGGUACUGAUGUCAACGAGGGCUCAGCCAUCCAGGAGAAGUGCUAUGCUCCACGCUUCAUCCAGGUCCCCCAGGACCUCACGGUGGAGGAGGGCAGGUUCUGUAGGAUCCAAUUCAAGGUGGGGGGUCUGCCCACACCAGACGUGACCUGGUACCUGGAUGGUAAAGCCAUCCGUCCAGACGACUACCACAAGAUGCUGGUGUGUGAGAAGGGCGUGCACUCCUUCAUCAUUGAGAUCGUGACGGUGCAUCACGCCGGAGUCUACGAGUGUAUUGCCAGGAACCGCGCCGGGGAGAACCGCUUCUCCAUGAAACUGGAGGUUAUCGCCCAGGAGGUGCUUCGUCCCCCUACCUUCGUCCAGAAGAUGCUGAACUCUCGUGCCUUGGAGGGGGACACAGUGAGGUUAGAGUCUAAGGUGGCUGCCUCCCCUCCACCAAAGCUCUUCUGGAAGAAAGACAAAGACAUGCUACGCAUUGACCCCACCAGAAUGAGCCUGUACCAGGACAGCACAGGAAGUCAAUGCCUGCUCAUUGAGAGGCUAGUCAAAUCUGAUGCAGGCUGGUACACCCUGUCUGCCAUCAAUGAGGCCGGCAUGUCCACCUGCAAUGCCAGACUGGAUGUAGGAACUCGCACCAACAAGCCUGCCCCCCCUACAGGCAAGCAUUUUAAAGUCCCCCUACUCCGCCAUCUCCCCAUCCCCGGACCCCCCAGCACACGGCCCCCUGUACGAGAGUGA